AUGUUCCCCCACCUGGCCUGGACUGGCCUGGACCAUAGCAGAGCUGCUGUUUGUUGCAAACAGAGGUCCGACUCCAGCGCAUUUCAAGCUGCAUUUCAAGCCCUACGUGAGUCCCUGGCCAACGAUGGGCAGCUUGGCAUGCCCGCCGGCUCUGUAGCAACGGGAAUCCAUGAUUCAGGUCGCGACUUUGCUGCGGGACGGGCACAGGCACGAACGACUGUUCGAAAGAAGAACGCUCAAAGGACUAGAGGUCGGUAUGUGGAGCCGGAGGAAGAGCAGACUCCGUCCUUUCCACCAGCGGGCUCGACUGAUCGGGACAAGAAGAUCACCUUGGGAACCCACUUGACGCAGCUGCAGAGCCAAAACCCGAGGUGUGUGUUCAUCACGCGAAAGAUCAACGGUAUGGGCUUUCAAUCGAAGGAAAUUCUGAGCACUUUCUACGGACAGUACGGCAAUGUGGUGGAGGUGCUCGUGGCUCACUCGAAGGUUAAGUCGCUUCGCGGACAAGAUGCGCAAUCACGAACUCGUCCUGGCAGUUUGGGUUUCGUCGUCAUGGACUCGCCAGAAGCUGUUGCGAAGAUUCUGGCGGCCGGGGCGAACCAGAGAGUUGCCGGCCACACGAUCAGAGUGGAGCCGUUUCAGCGGGUCACCAAGCCCCAAGAUGCUGGCCAAUCUGCGGGCUCCACUGCAACGAGCGGAGGCUCAACGACGAUGGGCUCAGGCUCUGGCUCUGGAGGGUCAGGCUCUGACAAGAGCGACCCCAACGGCUCCGACAAGAGUUCGGCUGGCAGUGCCAAUGGCCUGGGCGAAAGUGGUUCCGGUGGUUCCGAGGAAGGCUCUGACAAAGGCAAUGGCUUUUCAGCAGAUGGGUCGCAGCCGAAGGCCGAGGGCUCGGAAGAUUCGAACCCUGGAGAAGACUCCCGGUCCGAAUCAAGCAACAGGGCGGCGUCUCCAGGUAAUGGCAGAGAUGAAGAGCCAUUCCAUGAAGGAGUCCUACAAGGCGAGUAA